UAUACACUCAACAACAAACAACACAGCAACACUCGUUGGUUAGGGAGAGAGACAUAUGACAUAUUUUAUUCAUUCUAGAGUAUAUAUCAUGUUUCUAUGUUAUUAAUAUUGUUUAUUAUGUCAUAUUAGAUGAAUUGUGCUAGAUAAAUAAGCCGUAGAGUUGAUAGUGUCAUAUUGAAGGACUAUCUUGUCCUGCCUCCAAACAAACUCUCCUGCCUCUCUCAUAUUUAUUUAUUUAUUUAUUUUAUGUCUUUGCAAACAGUACAUUGAGAUUUUGUAUUUACAAUAGUGGGUUGCAAUGUAAAGAGAGCCUCUAUUAUGCCUAGGCAUUAUGGGCCAACUUAACAUUAUUGGCUUACAGUCUACUUAAUACUAAGGAGUGUAUCAUAGUUGUACAGUAGGACAGUAAUUAUUUCAUAGUUGUACAGUAGAAUAUUAAUUAUAGAUGAAUCAAAAUUUGUAUAAUACAAAGAUAUAUUUGUAUUCGAAAAUGCUUUUUGUGAAAACAAUGAUUCAAUUAUAUUCCUGUCAACAAUGGAUAAAAGGUUCAAUGUGAUUGUUUCAGUUAUGACGUGGGAGUACAUAGAAACUAUGUGUGGUAAUAUUGGCUGCAGGAGAGAGACUGAGGCUAAGGUUCACUCUGUGGAUACCUGGCGACCUGCACAACUGUCUCCACUUGCAUCACUGCGAAGGUUCUUCAUUGGAGGGUGUCAGCUGAUGUCCGACUCUUCCUACCUUGCUGUCGGAAGCAAUUCUGAGAAGAGUCGAGUGAGUCGCCUCGGAUUCCGCACCUUGAGCAGCGGCAGGCUAGAACUGAGAGCAAGUACUGUAGCACAGGGAGACUUGGCUGAGACAGAAUUUGCGGUACAGAGGGAAGAUUCAUGUGCUUGGCAGCUGUCAACUCGAGCAGUAAUCGAUGCUUUUAAUAAAUCCCGGCAGAAACUACGAGCAGCUAAACAGGGUCUCUCAUGAAUACCAGACUUGAGAUACUGAUGGCCAGUUAUUGUGACUUCAGAUUCUUGGAAGCCAUUGCCUACAAGUCAUGGCCUCCAUUACCUCACCAUCUUGUUCUAAGAAAUCACCUAAAUGGCUAUCGUCAGCAUGUAAUGUAUGAAGGAUGUGGGAAAGGUUAUAAAGAAAAUCCUACGUAAUAUAUGCACAAAGGGCAAGAACAUUGAAUUCACAUCAGCAGUCAUUAUAAUUCAAUCAACUCUCAGAUUUCGUCACUAGGAGUGCAAAAUGUAAACAUUUGGAACUCGAGGAGAAAUUGAGCUAAAAAUAUUUGGAUGUAUUACGUCUGCCUCCCAAAAAGGAUUCAGUGCCAUACAUCUGUGUGCAAGGAUAUGACAGAUAAAGCUUUAGAAUCAUUGGCUGUUACUGAGCAAGUAGCUUCCCAGCUAGCCAAGUGUUUCUAUUUUAAGAAAUUGCUUUUAACAAAGAAGUCAACUUUAGUUGAAACACCAUCAGAUAGGCCCGAGAUGGUUCAUUCCCAGGUGGCAGUGCCUGAGCUUUACAGGAAUUAAGUUCUUAGCUUGGCACAUGAUGUACCCACAGUAGAGCACCUUAGCAAUAGUUGUGACCAGUGGUGGCUUGUAGCACCAGUAAUACCUAUACUAUUGUACCACAUCAAACUUCUAUUUUUAAUCAUUUUUUAUCUUGUUUCAACAAAAAAUUAAAAAUUCACAUAUAAAUACACUGAAAGUUACAACAGAUUUUUCCUGUAAUAUAUUUGUCAGUUGCAAGUUAUUUUAGCAUAAGGUUGAUGAAGUCAUGCGUCUGGCAGUGAGCAUCUGGGGGGACUGCAGCUCCCACCUGGUUGUGACACUUUCAGAACUCUUCAACCACUUUAGGUCACUCAGCACUCAUAGCCAUAAAAACAUAUAUAUAUACAACAUAUUAUUGUGAUCAUGAAUGAGUGGUAUUGAUCAAUAACAACACUGC